AUGGCCAUUUGCCGUUCUGUUUUCUUUUAUUCCCCACUUCUUCAUCGUCCUCCCCACCACCACCUUCUCUCUAAAUCCACUUUUUGCCUCCCAAAAUACCCUUCUAAGUUCUCUAAAUCGACCAACCUGCCACUCCACGGCCAAAACCCGAGACCUCACUUUACAUCAUCAAUGGAAUCACCUCCUGGAGGUUACAGAAAAAAUGUUGGCAUUUGCCUGAUAAAUCCAUCAAAGAAGAUUUUUGCUGCGUCAAGGUUGGACAUACCCGAUGCUUGGCAAAUGCCACAGGGUGGUAUUGAUGAGAGUGAAGAUCCUAAAGUUGCAGCUAUCAGGGAACUAAAAGAGGAGACGGGGGUUAGCUCAGCAGAAGUUCUUGCUGAGGUUCUUGUUGGGCAUUCCGUGGUAGGUUUACUAACUUCAUUGAAUUUGCAGACGCCUUCUUGGUUGACAUAUGACUUCCCACCAGAAGUCAGGGAAAAACUUAAACAUCAAUGGGGAUCUGACUGGAAAGGUCAAGCACAGAAGUGGUUUCUCCUUAAAUUCACAGGGAAUGAGGAAGAGAUCAAUCUAUUGGGUGAUGGCACAGAAAAACCUGAGUUUGGCGAGUGGUCAUGGAUGUCACCAGAACAAAUAAUCGACAGGGUAGAUGUUCCUGUCUUACUGUUUCUUAUCUUGCUUUUGGCACAAAACAUGCAGAAAAAGGAUAGCCAAUUUCAGCUCCCUGGCAUUUGCCGGAGGCUCUUCAACUUCUUCGUGAACAACUUUAUCGCUCGUCCCUUUAAUCACAUUUCAGGCCGUGCAGAUGCAGUGUCUCGUAGCUCAACAGAGGGACCUGUAGAUGACUCUUUGACGAAUGGAGUGGACGAACAUCAGGUACCCUUGAUACUUAAAAGAACUAACAGAGAAAAAAAGCUGCAUCAUCAGGAUCAAGAAAGGUCAAAAGAUACUGGUUCAGGAUCUGAAAUUCAGGUUCACUUAAAGCAAACCGAAGAAGAAUUGGAGCAUUGGAUUCCUGUUGACAACCUCGGCUCUUCGGUCCACGAACCAGUGGAAAGCAGCCUGAAAAUUAACGACGGUGAUCAGCCGAAAUCGAAGAAAGGUGACAGAAUCCCCAUCUCUUUAUCAGAAAAGCGACAGCUCCCUGGUUACAGGGUGGGUAUACAGAAAAGGAAGAAGGUCACCGAGCCACCCCAUGACAAGGAGGAGCUCCCCCGAGUUCAGGUGAAUGGUAUUACUACUCGAGGGAAAGCCGAGCAAGAGACAGACUCCAAUGCGAGCGCCAUGACUCGAGGUAGAGGUCCGAAAAAGUUUGUCACCAUACAGGACAGCAAGGUAGAAGAUAGAGCUAAGAAAGGUAAGAACAUAAUUAGUGAAAAUUCGACGCUAGCAAGAGAGCAUGAGGCAAAGGAGGUGUUUCCAAGGCAUCUCAUAAGUGUGGCCUCGAACAUCAACGAGAAAUCAGAUGCAUUUAUCCAAAGAAAAAAGGAAGCCAUGAGAAGAAAUCUUAGCUUGGAACGAAAAAAACCCUAG